AUGUCUUUAUAUAACUGGUUCUUUAUUGGUUUCAACAGUAAUGUCAUUAGCCCACCGCCACCUGAUCGGCGAAUGUCACAAUCCACGACCAAUGACCAUCGUAGGACAGAGCCAAAGCGUCCUAUUUUUACACCUAUGGUCAAUGUGGAUUUUAAUAGUGACUCCGAUGAGGAUAGUGACUACGACCCAUUUGCAACAUACCUAUCCGACGAGGAAAACUGUUCAGAGUCAGAAGAUUUUGAAGCACCUUUUACAAUCAACAACAAUGCAACCGGACUUUCUGAAGAAUAUUACGAUAUCGGUUCCCCUUUUAUCGAAUGUUGUUAUUGCAAAGCCAUGAUGUGGUAUCAAGAGCGGAUGCACAAAAGUACACAUUCAGCUAACCCAAAGUUUAUGAUGUGUUGUGGUAACGGUAAAGUCGAACUACCAAUGCUAAGACAUCAUCCGGAACAACUUGCAAAACUUUUGUUUGAUCAUGAAAGUAUAGUUAGCCGUAAGUUUCAACAACAUAUUCGACUAUACAAUAUGAUGUUUUCAUUCACAUCACCGGGAGCAAAGAUAGACAAUCGUUUUAACAAUGGUCGCGGCCCUCCAACAAUGAGAAUACAAGGUCAAACGUGUCAUCGAAUUGGAAGUUUGCUGCCUCCUCAAGGGCAAAAACCCAAAUUUGCACAAUUAUAUAUUUAUGACACAGAAAAUGAAGUCGAAAAUCGCAUGCAUGGACUUAGGAACAAGGAAAACAUUGAUGAAGAUGUUAUAAACCAGUUGUCCAAGAUGCUAUACGAAUUCAAUCCUCAUGCAAAAAGCUUCCAAAUGGCGAAACAAUGGUUAAACAAUGGGGAACCUCAAAACCUCAAACUACGACUCAUUUCUAGCCGAUCCACCGAUGGAAGGGUGUAUAACCAACCUACAGUUUCUGAAGUUGCAGCCUCGGUUGUUGGUGAUAUAGACACGGCAGAAAUGCGUGAUAUCAUUAUGCAAACAAGAGGAGGAGGACUUCAGAGAAUCAAUGAACUGCAUGCUGCUUACAUGGCUUACCAAUAUCCUUUGAUUUUUCCUUAUGGUGAGGAUGGUUAUAGACCUGAUGUAGCUCAUAGGGACUUGCCUUCCAACGGUAGCAGCGUAAGAAAUAGGCUCACAAUUCGGGAGUUUUUGGCAUACCGCAUUCAAACCAGGUUAAACGAAGCUAAGACUCUAUUAUCUUCUAGACGGUUGUUCCAGCAAUUUCUGGUCGAUGGUUACACAAUGUUAGAGUCUGAGAAACUUGAAUGGUUACGUAAAAACCAACCAAAACUUCGGGUUUCCAAGUACAACUCUUUAAAUGAAGAGGGAGACCAGAAUCAAACGCAAGGGAACAGCAUAGGUAAAAGAGUUGUUUUGCUCUCCUCCUUUGUCGGAGGUCGUAGGUUUAUGGAUCAAUUAUACUACGAUGGAAUGGCUAUAUGCAGUAAGGUUGGAUUUCCUGAUUUGUUUAUUACCUUUACUUGUAACCCAAAUUGGCCAGAGAUUCAAAGAGUACUUAGACCUCUUCAUUUGAAGCCUCAAGAUCGACCAGAUAUCAUCUCGAGAGUAUUCAAAAUCAAGUUUGAUCAGUUGCUUACAGAUUUAACCAAAAAAGGUGUUCUUGGCAAAGUACUUGCCUGUAAGUUGAUUAUCCCCAUUAACUUUGAUGUCAUUAUUAUUGUUUAUAAUUUAUAACAAUAUAUCUAAAUUGGUUAUGCUUUUCCAAUUGUAGAUAUGUACACCAUUGAGUUU